AUGUUACUUGAAGCAUAUACCUAUGAAACUGAUAAGGAAGCGUUGUUCAAGUCUCAAAUUUCUCAAGACAAAAGAGUUGUCUUGUCCUCAUGGAAUCACUCAUUUCCUCUUUGCAACUGGACUGGAGUUACAUGCGGGCGCAAACACAAGAGAGUCACUGGUUUGGACCUCGAAGGAUUGCAGUUAGGUGGAGUGAUAUCACCAUCUAUUGGUAAUCUUUCGUUUCUCAUAUCACUUGAUCUGUCAAAUAACUCUUUUGGUGGAACCAUCCCUCAAGAGGUGGGAAACUUGUUUAGACUUGAAGACUUGUUUAUAGGCUUUAAUAUAAUUCUCUCGGAGGAGAAAUUCCCACGGGGCUUUAUAACUGCUCUAGAUUGUUGA